GCGCACGGCGGCCACCCAGUAGCCGGCAGCGCGCAAACCGGAGCGCAGUGCGCGCGGCUCCCUUCGCGGGACGAGCAUGGAAGCGCCGCGCGUGGCGAGACUCGUUUGCUCCGCGAUCACGGACUGAGCAGCUGAGCGAUCCUCCGUCACCGAGCGAGCGUCUGUGUGAGUCACUCAGUCAGUGAGUGAUCCUGUCCUCCCUGUCCCCCCCCCUGUCCCCCCUAACUAACCCUGAGUCCGGCUCCUCCGCUGCGCGGCGGAUCAUCGCCUGCGGUCACGCACACAGUGACAAUGGGGUGCUGCAGUGGACGCUGCACGCUCAUCUUCCUCUGUACUUUCCAGCUGAUGGUAGCAUUAGAGAGACAAGUAUUUGAUUUCCUGGGCUACCAGUGGGCACCUAUCCUGGCAAACUUCUUCCACAUCAUCGUCGUCAUCCUGGGCCUCUUUGGCACCAUCCAGUACAGGCCACGAUACAUUGUGGUGACUUUUUUUAUUCCCCUCUUCUCACAGUAUGCUGUGUGGACUGCACUCUGGGUGGCAUGGAAUGUGUUCAUCAUCUGCUUCUAUCUGGAAGUAGGAGAUCUAUCAAAGGAGAGCGACCUCCUGACGUUUAACAUCUCAGCACACCACUCAUGGUGGAGUGAACAUGGACCAGGCUGUGUGCGCAGGGAGAUGCCCCUUGGUGGGAUACGCAACUCAGACAGCCAGGCCUACAUCUCAGUUAUGGGCUGCUUGCUGGAGUACCAGUACAUCGAGGUCUUGCACAGUGCGUUCCAGAUUCUUAUUGCUCUCCUUGGCUUUGUAUACGCUUGCUAUGUCAUCAGCGCCUUCACUGAGGAAGAAGACAGCUUUGAUUUUAUCGGUGGUUUUGACCCCUUUCCCCUCUACCAUGUCAAUGAGAAACCAUCCCACCUCCUGUUAAAGCCCAUGUACCUGUCUACGUAAAUAGACCAAGAGGGAUGCUCCAGAAAGGUCAAAUGAAGAAGGUGACCAAGAUGGUGCGAGUGGGCGAGUUGAGAAUGCACAUCAGAACCAGCACAAGGGAGGUCAUAGGGGCUAUGCAAAGCACUCCUUUGAAAUUUUCACACAUAUUUUAAUUAAUCCAGCUGUUCAGUUGUUUCCAAUGUUCCUGAAGGAAAUUCUACAAGUAAGAGUCAUCAUUGCAGGGCGAGUCUGACUUUUUAAACCCGUGUUCCAGAUCGAAAGUAUAAAUGUUACUUAAUGCCCAGAGCAUGAUUUUUUAUUGUCUUUCACCUUUAGCCAGAUCUAAAAAUGUUUGUAACGGAUACUAAACAGACUUUGAUCUGAGUUUGGAAUGGGUUCCCCCCGCUCCUUCCUGAUGUUCUGAUAACUGAGUUAUAGAGUUUUCAUCAGCCCCAACCUAUGCACAUUCCCAAGACAGUGCAAGAAAAGGCGAGAGAUGGCUACCCAAUGGAAAACAGUCGUCGCUGUCAAAAAUACAUUUGCAAUGAACUAGAAAAGGAUUGCUUGAUUUUAAAAUUAGACAAGCUACAGCUUGUCUGAGAAACAUUUUUGAACUCUAGAGCUUAUGAAAUUUGUCAUACUUUUAAAAAUCUUUUGUCUAAUGCAAUGAUGUAUUUCUGUUUCUUAGAACUUACAGGUUAGCUGUAGAACAAUGGUAUGUAUGUGUGGAUUUUUUUUUUUUAAAAAAAAAAAAGCUACUGUAGUUCUGAAACAAAAGGGAAUGUUUUAUAUUUUAUGAGCUCAUUCUUUAAGGUGUGAAACUGGAAGACAAAACUAGAAAUAAGAAUGCUGCAUGGACUCAUCAGUACCUUAUGUUGAUCUUUCGUCUACAGUAUGUGCUUUUGUACAAUAACAGCUCAUGUAUUGCAUCCAAGUAUCUAUUCAUGCCGUCUAGCUAACAAUGUCCUUUCAGAUGAACGUUCUAGAAGAGCUUCAUUCUCUGGAAAACUUAAAUAUACAGGUUGGCAGUGGUAUUUAUGAAUGAAUUUAUGGUCCACGUGAAGUGUUAAACAAGUGAACGAGAGUCUGUGAAAGUACAAGGGACUGAUGUAUUUCAAAUAAAGAUUAAACUGGAGAGGGGCGAUAUGGCUUUUUAUUGUCAUGAUUCACUACUGCCCUCUAGUGUCGAACAUGUGCAAAGACGUCCUGCGGGCUUCUCUCUGCCAGGACCUGUUUGAAAUGUAGCCUAUGAUGAAAUGUGUUGUGGA